CUUAUCUCGGUGCACAUCGUCAGCUCCAGUCUGAAGUCAAUCCUGACAGCUGCCGCCUGGCCCGGUCCACUUGCCGCCUUCUCCGCUGCGGCUUAUCAUCCACCCCCCACCGGAUAUCAGUCAAGAAGCUAAACUUGCUUCGGAACUGUGGGAGCGCGUCCGGGUCUUGGCUGCUUGUCUUCAACUUGAGGGCGAAGAAAGACGAAGGAAAACUCCUCGGGAUUCUCCGUGCAUCGUGCACGCAUUCACACUCUCUGUUUGACGUGUUCAAGUGCUUCUUAAGGAGAAUUCUGGGGAGAUUUCUGACUCUUUCAAUCCUCAAAGAUGAAGCAGCACUGGGGACCUGUUCACUGAGAUGGGCUCCCACUUCAAAUCGUCCUGCUUCCGCAUGAACCAUGAGUAAAGGUUGUGAGGGCUUGUCUCUAUUGUCCUGUUGUGCAGUGAGGCAGUGAGCUCACGGCGGAUACAGCAUGCAUGUGUCGAUAUAUCCCACGAUGCACUCUGCCAGCCCGGGCCUGCUCCUCCUCAGCUUCCUCUUUCUCGCCGAUGCCGACUCCCCUCCACGAUUUACGCGAACUCCAGAAGACCAGACUGGAGUCCAAGGCGGAGUGGCGUCUUUUGUGUGCCAGGCCACCGGCGAUCCGCAGCCCAAGAUUGUGUGGAACAAGAAAGGCAAAAAAGUCAGCAACCAGAGAUUUGAGGUAAUAGAGUUUGACGACGGGUCCGGCUCGGUCCUGAGGAUCCAGCCCCUGAGGACACCCAGAGAUGAGGCUAUUUACGAAUGUCAUGCCUCCAACUCGGCAGGAGAGAUCACCGCCUCCACCAGACUAAGUGUGCUAAGAGAGGACCAACUGCCUUCGGGGUUCCCCACCAUAGACAUGGGACCCCAGCUGAAAGUAGUGGAGCGCUCUCGGACUGCCACCAUGCUCUGUGCGGCUAGUGGAAACCCUGACCCAGAAAUUACAUGGUUCAAGGAUUUCCUGCCAGUCAACACAUCAAGUAACAAUGGACGAAUCAAGCAGCUCCGCUCAGAAUCCUUUGGUGGCACGCCCAUACGAGGUGCACUUCAAAUUGAGAUGAGCGAAGAGUCCGACCAGGGCAAGUAUGAGUGUGUUGCAACCAACAGCGAUGGGACUCGCUAUUCCACCCCGGCAAACCUGUACGUUCGAGAGCUGCGAGAAGUCCGCCGCGUACCCCCUCGGUUCUCCAUUCCCCCGGCGGACAGCGAGAUCAUGCCAGGGGGGAAUGUCAACAUCACCUGCGUGGCAGUGGGCUCCCCCAUGCCUUACGUGAAGUGGAUGCUCGGAGCGGAGGACCUCACCCCCGAGGACGACAUGCCCAUCGGCCGCAACGUUCUCGAGCUGACGGAUGUACGCCAGUCUAACAACUACACCUGCGUUGCCAUGUCGACGCUGGGCGUUAUUGAAGCAGUGGCACAGAUUAUUGUUAAAGCUCUCCCAAAGGCUCCUGGGACCCCAGUGGUGACUGAGAGAACUGCAACAAGCAUCACUCUCACCUGGGACUCUGGCAACCCUGAGCCCGUCUCUUAUUACAUCAUUCAGCAUCGGUCCAAGGGCUCAGAGGACCCCUAUAAAGAGAUUGAUGGCAUCGCCACCACCCGCUACAGUGUGGGCGGCCUGAGCCCUUACUCCCAUUACGACUUCCGAGUGGCAGCUGUUAACACCAUUGGCCAAGGCCCCUCCAGCGAAGUGGUGGAGGCUCGCACAGCGGAGCAGGCACCCUCCUCGCCUCCCCGACAAGUCAGAGGUCGCAUGCUGAGCACCACAACAGCAAUCAUCCACUGGGACGAGCCAGAGGAACCAAAUGGGCAGGUGGUGGGCUACAGAGUCUACUACACCUCUGACAACACGUUGCCAGUCAACCAGUGGGAGAAGCAGAUGGUGCGCAGUGCCAACUUCAUUACCAUUCAGGGUUUGACUCCUAACAAGACAUACUACAUCAGGGUGCUGGCCUUCACCUCAGUAGGAGACGGUCCUCUUUCCCAGGACCUGCAGAUUAUAGCCAAGACUGGGGUUCCAUCCCAGCCUUCAGAAUUCAAAGGGGAGGCCAAAUCAGAGACGAGCAUCCUGUUGUCGUGGGUGGCGCCACCCCAGGGUGGCCCUGACAACCAGAUCACAGGAUAUGAACUGGUUUAUCGACGAGCAGAUGAUACAGAGGAGAAGAAAGUGAACUUUGAGCCAACCACCUCCUACCUGUUGAAGAACCUGAAGCCUUUCUCAGCCUACACUUUCCAACUGGCUGCCAGGAGCAAACAUGGAAUUGGUGCAUAUACCAACGAAGUGUCCAUUGACACGCCUCAGACACUUCCUUCAGCACCUCCCCAGGACAUAACAUGCACCAGCCCCACUUCUACCAGCAUCCUGGUAAGUUGGGCACCACCUCCUGUGGAGUUUCAGAAUGGCAUCAUUACGGGAUACACCAUCCAGUACUCCACUACGGGGGGCAACAAAACAUCCAAAAGAAUUGACGACAUUCCUCCGGAAAGUUCUCCGUAUCUCUUGGAAAACCUAGAGAAAUGGACUGAGUAUGGAAUAACGGUGCGGGCGCAGACGGAAGCCGGCGACGGACCAGAGAGUUUACAGCUGAUUAUCCGCACCGAGGAAGAUGUUCCAAGUGGUCCUCCUCGAGGGGUGGACGCAGAGACAGUGAACGCUUCAGCCAUUAGAGUGAAAUGGCGAGCUCCAGCCCCAGAGCUGCAGCACGGUCAGAUCCGAGGCUACCAAGUCCACUAUGUGAGGAUGAACUACGGCGAGCCUCAGGGUCAACCCUCUAUCAAGGACAUCCUCAUAGAGGACUCACAGUGGGAAUACGCCCAAUCAGCUCAAUACGAGGCGGUUCUUGGAGAUUUGAAGGCAGACACCUCCUACUCUGUCUCAGUGGGAGCUUACACCGCCAAGGGAGAUGGCGCUCGGAGCAAGCCUGUGAGCGUCUGCACCGCACUGCCAUUGCCGGAAAAGCCCAAACUAAUGGUGAGUGCGACUGACUCUGGCACUGCUAUGCUACAGUGGACCCCACCACCCAAUCCGCCCACCCCUCUCCUGGGUUAUCGCCUCACGUUUGGCCGUCUGGACGUUCUUCCCUUUACGGUGGUGGAGUUCCCCACCAAGGAGAAUCGCUAUACAGCCCAGGACAUCCACAAGGGUGCCAACUAUGUGUUCAGACUGUCCGCCCGCAACAAAAUGGGCUAUGGAGAGGAGGCAGUUAAAGAGGUUGCCACCCCUGAAGAUGCUCCAACUGGCUACCCAGAAAAUAUAAUCUCAGAGGAGAUGUCUGCCAACUCCCUUCAACUGACUUGGAAAUCAGUCCCGCUCAUUGAGCAAAAUGGAAAAAUUGUGAAGUACUCGGUUCUGUACAAGGAUGUAAACAGUCGGGGGAAUGCCUCAGAAGUCGUGGUGCCCACUCCAGGGUCGAGUGUUUUGUUGGAGGGUCUGAGUGCCGAUACUGUGUAUCAUGUCAGGGUGUGCGCAUUCACGGCUGUCGGGCAGGGUCCAUACAGCCCCGGUGUCCAGUUUAGGACGCAGCGGCUAGACCAAGUUUUUGCCGCCAACUUCAGAGUGAAGGCCGCCAUGAAGAAUUCUGUUCUGUUGUCCUGGGAGAGCCGAGACAAGAAUCCUACCCAGCCAUUCACUAUCUUAUAUGGAAAGGGUCAGUCUGUGGAGGUGGACGGGAAGCAGACACAGAAGCUGAUCACUGGUUUGCAGCCAGACACCCUGUACUCCUUUUUGCUAACCAACCGGGCCAACAGCGCCGGGGGCCUGCAGCACCGCGUCACAGCCACCACUGCUCCGGAUAUCCUCAAAACCAAGCCCAUCGUGGUGGGAAAGACCAAUGCUGACGGCAUGGUGACUGUGCAGCUUCCAUCCGUUCAGACGGCAGCUAAAGUCAAGGGUUAUUACGUGGUUGUGGUGCCCCUGAAGAAGCAACGAGGAGGGAAAUUCCUGAAUCCCUGGGAGGAGCCAGACCAGAUGAACCUGGAUGAGCUUCUGAAAGAGAUUAACAGAACCAGCGUGAGCCGAGCCCUCCGUAUCCGCAGACAGGUUGGUCUGUCAGAUCCCAGGUCUUACGUUAGCGCUCACUUCAAAACCCUGCCCAUGGAGUUUACGCUUGGUGAUGGUCGAAACUACGGCGACUUCCGCAAUCGUCCGCUGCAGAAUGGCCAGGAGUACGUCUUCUUUGUGCUUGCCCUGCUGGACCUCUCGGAGAAUACCAUGUUCUCCACCAGCCCGUAUUCCGAUCCUGUGACAUCAUCAGACGUAGACCCACAGCCGAUUGUCGACGAGGAGGAGGGUCUCCUGUGGGUGGUGGGGCCUGUACUGGCUGUCAUCUUCAUCGUGUGCAUUGUCAUUGCCAUCCUUCUUUUUAAAAGCAAACCUGACAGGAAACGAGCUGAGGCCGAGGGCAGGAAAGGCAGUUUCCCCUGCAGCAAAGCCAUGUCGUCUCACCACCCCACUGAUCCCGUGGAGCUGCGUAGAAUCAACUUCCAGACUCCAGGCAUGGCAAGCCACCCGCCUGUCCCCAUCUCGGAGCUGGCAGAUAACAUUGAGCGCCUGAAGGCAAACGACAAUCUGAAGUUCUCUCAGGAAUAUGAGUCCGUUGACCCGGGUCAGCAGUUCACGUGGGAGAACUCCAACUUGGAGGUGAACAAACCAAAGAACCGCUACGCUAACGUCAUCGCCUACGACCACUCCAGGGUGAUCCUCUCCAGCAUUGAGGGUGUCCCAGGUAGUGACUAUAUCAACGCCAACUACAUCGAUGGCUACCGCCGUCAAAACGCCUACAUAGCCACUCAGGGCUCCCUUCCGGAAACUUUUGGGGACUUCUGGAGGAUGGUGUGGGAGCAGCAUACAGCCAAUAUUAUUAUGAUGACUAAGCUGGAGGAGAAGUCAAGGAUGCCCUCUUAUUUCUUCUCUAAGGUGAAGUGCGACCAGUACUGGCCAACACGAGGUACAGAAACCUACGGCCUGAUCCAGGUCACUCUGCUGGACACAGUGGAGUUGGCCACCUACUCUGUGAGGACCUUUGCGCUUUACAAGAGUGGCUCCAAUGAGAAGCGAGAGGUUCGUCACUUCCAGUUCACCGCCUGGCCAGACCACGGCGUACCCGAGCACCCCACCCCGUUCCUGGCUUUCCUGCGUAGGGUCAAGGCCUGCAACCCUCCUGAUGCAGGACCCAUGAUCGUCCACUGCAGCGCUGGAGUGGGCCGCACCGGUUGCUUCAUUGUGAUCGACGCCAUGGCCGAGCGGAUAAAGCACGAGAAGACCGUGGACAUUUACGGCCACGUCACGCUAAUGCGCUCCCAGAGGAACUACAUGGUUCAGACGGAGGACCAGUACAUCUUCAUCUAUGAUGCGCUGCUGGAGGCCGUCACCUGUGGCAACACGGAGGUCCCUGCCAGGAAUCUGUACUCCUACAUCCAGAGGCUGACGCAGAUAGAACCUGGCGAGAACGUCACCGGCAUGGAGCUGGAGUUCAAGCGUCUGGCCAGUGCCAAGGCCCACACAUCACGCUUCGUGAGUGCCAACCUGCCGUGCAACAAGUUCAAGAACAGGCUGGUCAACAUCAUGCCCUACGAGACCACCCGCGUCUGUCUGCAGCCAAUCAGGGGGGUGGAGGGGUCGGACUACAUCAACGCCAGCUUCAUUGAUGGAUACAGGCAACAGAAGGCCUACAUUGCAACACAAGGACCAUUGGCGGAGACCACGGAGGACUACUGGCGGAUGCUGUGGGAGCACAACUCCACUAUAGUUGUCAUGCUCACCAAACUGAGAGAGAUGGGACGGGAGAAGUGUCACCAGUAUUGGCCGGCAGAGCGCUCAGCUCGGUACCAGUACUUUGUGGUGGAUCCCAUGGCCGAAUACAACAUGCCUCAAUACAUCCUCCGAGAAUUCAAAGUCACCGACGCCAGGGAUGGCCAAUCUCGAACAGUUCGUCAAUUCCAGUUCACAGAUUGGCCAGAACAAGGAGUGCCAAAGUCAGGGGAGGGAUUCAUCGAUUUCAUUGGUCAAGUGCACAAAACUAAAGAACAGUUUGGCCAGGAUGGACCAAUAACUGUACACUGCAGUGCUGGAGUGGGCCGGACCGGCGUGUUCAUCACACUGAGCAUCGUGCUGGAGAGGAUGAGGUACGAAGGUGUGGUGGACAUCUUCCAGACGGUGAAGAUGCUGCGCACACAGAGGCCCGCCACCGUUCAAACAGAGGACCAGUACCAGUUCUGCUACCGGGCCAGUCUGGAGUACCUGGGAAGCUUUGAUCACUAUGCAACAUAAACCCAGCGGCCGUCUGUCAUAGCACGUCCCAGCUAGUCCAGUCGUCUGUGGAUGAGUGCGCUAGGCUGCGACGCGUCUGUGAAGAAAGCGCCAGCACACGCAGAGUGAAGGAGGUUCAUCGCACCUCUAACUGAGCCAUAGCAACCUUCUUGACAAGGGGUCUCUCCACCCAAACACGUCCAUUGGUCACUCUAGUCAGUCUGGUCAGUCUUGAUCAGAAUCUACUUUGUCUUUGUUUCAGCGCUGUUUCGGGGCACUUCGGUUGCUUUACAUUGUCGAGGUGUGGAACUCUUCACCUCACCCACCACCAGUGUAGCAUCACCAACCUUGAUAAAGAAUCACAGGACAUUUGAUUUUUCUAUCUUUAGACCUCCUCUCCAAGGCAUCCAUCAUAUGGACGCCUUGUGGACGGACACGACCGGGACAACUGGGAGCGCCAAGAGGAGACUCACGGAGCACACAGUAUUAAGGACACAGCCCCAAAAAGGACACCAUGAAGUGUUGUUUGCCCUGCUUUUUCUUGAUGUUUUCUGGGGGAAGCAGACUCUUGUUUCCGGUGAAUGAAAAAGACAUUUCUAUCAUAUAGUAACACAACGCACCACUUAAGGCUUCACAUUUUAAGACAAGGGAUAUACUGACAGAGCUUUAAAAAGCACCACCCUCACCACAAAAACUCAAUACUUGUGACUCCUUUUCUUCAAAAAGUGGGCUCUCUUAAAGUUUUGGUUUGUUUUUGUUUUUUUUUUACUUUGUCUGCUUUUUAUGUUAUCAAAAUAUAUAUAUAUUUUUUCCAAUCAAAUAAUUUUUGGGAGAACAGCGUUGACAGAUUUUGGAAAAGUACCACCAUUAAGUCACUCAAGUGUAUUUGCAUGAGCAACUUUGAACUGUCCACCUAAUAGGUGGUGGAUGACGGCUGUUUUGUUGGAUGGUUUCGUGUUCAGUGUUGGGGGUCAGGGUAGGGGUCUAGGGUUCAGUGUUAGUGUUACGGGUCCAUGGUUAUAGGUUCAGAGUAGGGUUUGGGUUUGGAGUUCAGUGUUCGGGUAAAGGUUUCAGGGUUAGGGCUAGGGUUAUGGGUUAGGAUUUAGGAUUGUAUUUAGGGUACGGGUUUAUGCUUUGUCUUUAAGAGCAUACGAUCAGGGUUGGGUUAGGGUGACAUUCAGGUUUUGGGUAAAUAUCCAGGGUUAAGGGAUUAGGUUUAGGGUUAGUAGUUAGUCAGGUUCAGUUUUAGGGAUAAGGGUUUCAGUGUAUAGGAUUCAGGUCUAGGCUACGGUCAGGGUUUAGGGUAAAGAUCUAAGGUUUAGGGUUGUCUUGCCACCAAGUAUUAAUAAGUGUGCAGCUACCAGCCAAUUACAAAGAAGUUCUUCAUUUUACGAGAGAGGAGUCUAGAUCACAAAUCUGUGUUCUGAGUGUUUACGGAAUGUUUUUUUUUUGG